AUGACCUCCGUGCCCCAGGCCUCCACUGUCCCUGAUCUCCUCAGUCUCAAAGGGAAGGUCAUCGUCGUCACCGGUGCCGGUAACCCGCGUGGUAUUGGCUUUGAGGCCGCUCGCGGAUGCGCUGAAAUGGGCGCCUCAGUCGCCAUCACUUAUCACACACGCAAGGACGAGGCUAUGGCAAACGCAUCCACUCUUACUUCAUCCUAUGGGGUCAAAGCACGGGCUUACCCCUGCGACGUCAGCAAUUUCACUUCUGUGAAGACCCUCAUUGACUCCGUCAUCAAAGACUUCGACCAAAUCGAUGGCUUUAUUGCCAACUCAGGCAAGGCCACAAGCACCGGCGUCCUCGACGGCUCUGUCGAAGACUGGAACGAUAUCAUCACCACUGAUUUGACGGGUACCUUCCAUUGCGCCAAAGCUCUUGGUGAACAUUUCAAACAGCGAGGCACCGGAUCCUUUGUGGUGACUAGCUCAAUGAGUGGACAUAUUGCCAACUUCCCCCAGGAACAGACAAGUUAUAAUGUUGCCAAAGCGGGGUGCAUUCAUUUGACAAAGUCGUUGGCGAAUGAAUGGAGAAGUUUUGCGCGGGUGAACUCUGUUAGUCCGGGGUAUAUUAACACGGGCCUUUCGGACUAUAUUAGCAACGAUAUCAAGGACCUUUGGAGGAGCAUGAUCCCCUUGGGGCGAGAGGGCGUGGCAAAGGAGUUGAAGGCCUUGUAUGUAUACUUAGUCAGCGAUGCCAGUACCUAUACGACAGGGGCAGAUAUUGUCGUCGAUGGAGGCUACACAGCUAGGUAA